AUGGAGCUCGAUGAGUUUCCGCAACCGAUUCCGGUCCUUCCCUUCCGCAUCAAUUCGAGCAACCUUGUGAUUCAGUUUAAUGGAGACGGUAACAGUUUAAAAAACAGACUUAUCAGACUUAUCAGACUAAACAGACUAUACUUGACAGAAAUGCCGCAUACAAUUUUGCGUGAAAGUUGACAAUUUUGAAACAAAAAACUGAUUUACAAGUUUAUUUUCAGUUCUUGAUCAAGACAUGGUCAGUCUCAAAAAAAAUUACUCUCGAUUCGGAAUAGGUUUCCUCAAGUACUCCAUUGGACAAAUGGCCAAGACGCAAGAGGAGUCCAUGUAUGUUCACCGUGAUUCCCAAACACGCGCUGAAUAAAAAUCGAUUUUUAGGAAGGAGAAAACUCUUAUUUUCGACGUCAAUACGUUCCUCAUUUUCCCGCAUUGUAGAGAGGAAGAGGAGUACAAGAAAGAGGUGAGUUCAUUUCUAUUGCAUCAAGAAAAAAGUCGAACUUCCAGCCAAACAAGAGGUUUCAAAAAAUGGUCAGCGAAGGGAAAAUCGGCAACAUCUUCGACAAAGAGUUGCUCAUUUUCACGUCGUUUGAGCAGUUCACUCCGUACAUCACGUUCAUCUUUAACCCGAAGUCUCUGAUGCUGCCGGACAGAGGAGGCCCAUUGCGCAAAUUCCACAUGAUUCACAUUUCCAUCGGAGAUUUCUCAGCGUGAGUUCAAAAUAUUGGCAACAAUCAUCCGGUCAUCUCAUUUUUUACAGAGAUAAAGUGUACGGGAACAUCCUGACGUACAUUGAUAAAAUGGCGGAGAAGUACGAGAACGGCGCUAAAUUCAAUUGGAGGGACCAUGACCAUGUCACGUACAACGUCGGAGGAAUGUGGGUUGUGGACAGGACUUUCACGUUCCUGGGUCUUCUUCAGACUGUUCUGAACCCCAAAGGAUGUUUCUCGGAUCUGGUAUAUCUGAAAAAAUCUUUGUUUUACCGUAACCUGCCUUUAUUUAAGAUGAACGCUCUCACCAAUCUCCAGGCAGCUCAAGCUGAACGGAGAAUUUAUGCUUUCAGCGAGAGCUCCAAAGAAAAAUUAAAGCCCAUCUACAGAGUGCUCGAGAGAAAAAUCGCAAGAAGAGCGCGACUCGUUGCCCGUCAGCAGCAAGGCUAA